AUGAUCCCUUGGGUAGGUAUACACGCGGAUAUAUCUAUAAAACUGGAAAGAAUAGAUUCGGAUAUAGAGCAAACGGAAGAGACUGACGACCAAUGGAACCCGUAUACGCUAUUCACGACUGCUACCGCGGAGACGGAGAAGAUCAGUCUGAACGAGGAAUUGAAUAAACAUUGGAUUAAUCUACGCGAGAUACUUAAGUGGUCGAACGCCACGCCCAUAAGGAGCUACGGCGGCAGAGGAUACUUGUGUUGCUACUGUUCCGAACAGUUUCUGGACCCAAGGGAUUUGAAGGCUCAUACGUCGCAAUACCACGAGGGAAUCGACGACGCCUGCUUCACGAAAAAGACUCACCUAAACGGCUACUGUAUAAAACUCGACAUAACCAACCUCUGCUGUAACAUAUGCGGAGAGGAGAUCGAUGAUGUGGAAAUCCUCUUGGACCACCUCUCUAACGACCACGAUAGAACCAUUUUUACAGACAUCAAGAGUCUCAUUGUGCCGUUCAAAUUCAGGAACGAAGAGCUACAAUGCUAUAUUUGCAAUGAGAAGUUUGGUGCGUUCAAAGUGCUGCUGGCUCAUAUGAACGUGCACAUACGGAACUUCGUCUGUGAGGUGUGCGACGCCGGUUUCGUGAACAUCAAACAGCUGCGAGGUCACGCAGAGAGCCACAAGACGGGUACCUACAAAUGUGAAGUGUGCGGGAAGAUCUUCUCAACGAUCAGGGCCUGUUCGUUCCACGUGAACCGCGUGCAUAGGAACUCAUUUGUCAACAAAUGCGGAUACUGCUCUCAAGUCUUCAAAGAGUGUCGGCAGAAGCAGAAGCACCAGCUCGAGGUGCACGGCAUCGGUGCGGUCAUGAACUGCGAGUAUUGCGAUAGGACCUUCAAAACGCAGAGCACGUACCGUAUCCACGUGAACAGGGAUCACUUGAAAGUGCGGAAGUUUUCCUGCACGAUGUGCGAGAGGAGGUUCUUCAAGGUUAGCGAUCUGCACGACCACAUGGUGAGGCACACCGGCGAGAGGAUUUUCAAGUGCGAAGUGUGCCAGAAGGCGUUUGCGCGUCGGAAGACGUUGCGCGAACACAAUCGCAUACACCUCAACGAUAAGCGGUUUAAGUGCGAACACUGCGGUCAGGGUUUCGUGCAGAAGUGCAACUGGCGAACCCACAUGCGAACUAAACAUGGAGAAAUUAAAACUUAG